UUCAAAUAAACUACGAGGCAAUUUUUGGCUGACUAAGUGGCUUUCGCGCCUUUUAAGUUCUAAUAACUAAUUAGAAACCUAAAUUGGGCUUGUAAUUAAUGAGCCCUAUACUUAUAUAUUCUUAUAUCAGAUAAUAUUUACAAUGGGGUACUCAUUAUGGGAAGAGCAAUAGGCAUAGAUCUCGGAACAACAAAUUCUUGUGUUGCAAUAAUGCAGGGCAAGGAUACAAAGGUAAUAGAAAAUAAAGAAGGGGCAAGAACUACUCCAUCUAUAGUUGCAUUGACUUCUUCAGGAGAAAGGUUGAUUGGUGCUCCAGCAAAAAGGCAAGCAACCACCAAUGCAAGUAAUACCUUUUUUGCUACUAAGAGAUUAAUAGGCCGUCAAUAUAGUGAUCCUGAGAUGAAAAAUCUAAGUGUACCAUACAAAGUAUUUGCAGCAAAAAGUGGUGAUGCAUGGGUUAAAACAACUGAUAAUAAAGAAUAUUCUCCUAGUCAAAUUGGUGCAUUUAUACUACAAAACAUGAAAGAGGCAGCAGAAGCUUAUCUUGGAGAGGAAGUAAAAGAUGCUGUGAUAACAGUGCCAGCAUACUUCAACGACUCUCAACGUCAAGCAACAAAAGAUGCAGGAAAAAUUGCCGGAUUAAAUGUACUCAGAAUAGUAAAUGAACCGACUGCUGCAGCACUUGCUUAUGGUCUUGAUAAGAAACAUGGGCACACAAUAGUAGUAUAUGACCUUGGUGGUGGUACAUUUGACGUUUCAAUACUUGAAAUAGGUGAUGGAGUUUUCGAAGUGAAAGCAACAAACGGUGAUACCCAUCUUGGAGGUGAAGACUUUGAUCUAUAUAUU